AUGGGUUGCCACGUUUCAGCUGAUAGUUCUAAUAGUUUUACGUGGGACGACUAUCUUAAGAAAACAAACGGUCGCCCGGCGAAGUUGGAGUGCUUUAAACAGUCUCUUGUUCCUCCGCCAAACUAUUUCGAGGUGAAUACCAUUCUAGAAGCGGAGGAUCAACGUAGCGCAGCUCUUGUUCUCAAUCCAUAUUCAAACGACCUAAUAAAAGCACGUUAUGCUAAUAAUUCUACUAUUAGUAAUCAACAGCUGUUGGAGACCCCAUGUAGAAGGUCCAGUCUGAAUCCUCACUCCAGUGGAACUGUCCGACGCUUCAGAGCAGCUUCAUUCAGUUUAGCUCGAGUGAUAGAAACGUGUGGUCCACGUUUGAGAAUACGUCUGGUUGGAACUGAUGAUCGUAAUGAUUAUUGGUUCUUAGUUGAUUCUGAUCAAAUCAGACCUUAUCCUUCUGGAAGUCCACUACAACCACCCUUUGGCUAUAUGCAUAAUCAUCUUGUGUGGAAUCGUACUCUUAAGAAAGCAACUGAAGGAACGCGUUUUGCAGAUCCUUCGUGGUUCAUUUCAUCAAACUAUGAAAAGUCAAUCGCUUAUUCAGAAGACAAUCCCAAUUUGUACAAAAACGAAGCUGCCGAUUCUACUGCUUUCUGCAAAAACGAUUCUGCAUUAACAUGUACUCCUGUCUUCAUGGCAGAUAGAAAGAGUUUAUUUAAAUCGGAGAACGAUCGAAGUAAUAGUGCAACCAUGGGGUCAAGUUUAGUCUUUCAAUCACAUAUCUCCCAUGAUAUCAUGCAUACGAAUGGCUGUUACUUUGACGAAAUGAAUUCCCCUACUCAUGAUAAUUUAUCUGUUGAAACAUCCGAUUCACAUUUGUGGUUUUCUGGAAAGUUAGAGUCUAAUUCUAAUAAAUCUUCUUAUCCUGUGUACGCUCAUCAAAAUGUUGAUAGUUUAGAUAGUCAGAGUCUAACUACACAUCUCCCUUCGUCAACAGUAUCUCCUUCAUCACUGGAUUUAGGAUCGUUUCCUUUUCCUAAUCCUACUCAGUGGACUAUUGAAGAAGUAUACAAUUACAUUACGGCUCGUGAUGCUACUCUCCUUGAAGCAGCGGAAAAAUUCAAACAUCAUGAAAUAGAUGGCCAAGCGCUUCUUCUUCUUAGCAUGGAAUCACUGCGUAAUUAUAUGAAGAUUAAAUUGGGUCCGGCUUUGAAAAUGGUUCAUCUUAUCAGUCGUCUAAAACGUGGGUUGCUGUAA